AAAUUUCGUCCACUAUACAAAUGCGAGACAAUGCCACCCAUCAUGUUAAGAUUAGCUACUAUUCAGCUUGUGGCAAAGAUGGCCCCGAAAUACCAACAUCGAAAUGUGACAAUGUACGCGUCGGAGAUGAAAUUACAUUCACCCUUCAUAUCGAAUUGAAUUCAUGUCCCUCUGAUCCACGCGAUUGGCGAGAAGUCAUACAAAUCUCUCCGAUCGGUAUAAAUGAAAGCCUGAUCAUUGAUCUCGAAAUGCUUUGCGGUUGUGAGUGCGAGGCGCAGCGAAAAACACUCAGUGAGCAGUGUAACGCGCGCGGCAGUCUUGUUUGUGGUGUUUGUGAAUGCGAUGAGAAGUUUAUUGGUACCAAUUGCCAAUGCCUUAGUGACACUAUGCCGUCGAAGAGUGAAAAUAGCCACUUCUGCCACGAUAAUACGACGCAAGUGGACUGUAGUGGGCGUGGUCUGUGCUCAUGCGGCGUUUGCCAAUGCGAUAAGCGUGCAAAUCCCAAUGAAGUUAUUUCCGGAAAAUAUUGCCAAUGUGACAAUUUCUCUUGUGAACGUCAUGAACAAAAAAUUUGUUCUGGUCCGGAGCACGGCACAUGUGAAUGUGGAAAGUGCGCUUGUAAAACGGGUUGGGCGGGAGCAGCUUGCGAGUGUCAGUUGUCGAAAGAGACCUGCAGACCAGCUGGUGGCGGCCAGCUUUGUUCCGGCAAAGGAACAUGUGAGUGCGGCAUAUGCAAAUGUCAAUCCACGCCACAGGGUUACUUUUCGGGCCAGUACUGCGAGUUGUGUCCGACAUGUUCCAAUCGUUGCGAUAAACUCAAAGAUUGCGUGCAAUGCCAAAUGUACAAUUCGGGAAAGUUUAAGAAUUUGCCGGACUGUUUGGGUAACUGCACGAGUGUGGAGACGACCGCGCUAGAUAACGACGCUAUUGAAAAAUAUGAACUGGUUAAGGGCGAAAAGAAAUGCUCCGCCUACGAUGAUGUCAAUAAAUUAUUCGCCACAAUACCAAUACCUGAGAAGGAGCAGAAGCAAGUCGAGCAGCAGCAAACACUCAACGGCAAACAAUUCGAGUGGGGCCCAGCUGUUUUUGAAUUGGCGACAUAUAAGUGA